AUAUACUGGUGUGAUUAGUCUCUAUCAGCACAUAGAGGAGAGACAUCAGAGCAGGGUGAGUAAAGACUCUACUUUCAUGUUCAUUUGUAAACAGACUAGUUUCUCUUCCUUUAGCAUUUUUGUUUAACCUAGUGCAUGUAGAAUCUCAUUUAUGUCAGUCAAAUAAGUUUUGACAACGUGUUUGCUUUUGGACACAAUAACAGAAACAACUGGCAAUCCAAAAACAAUAUUGUAUGAGGAAAAAACUACCUGUAGAGAAGCUUUCCUUGUGUCAGAGGGAUGUUUUGAUUCUGAAUAUUCUGUGUACUGGGCACAUGGUUGUAGAUGAUUGUUUUAACUGAUUUUUUUUUUUUCAAAGCUAGUGGGGGUGACUCAGCCAUAAAGGUUUAUUUAUGAUUAUCAAUGUGAACCAAAACAGAGCAAAGAUGAAGUGGAGUCUGUUUCUGCUCAGUCUGAUGGGUCAGUGUUUUCUCUCCACAUGUCGCCUCUAUGAGUACCACUAUAUCAGUGAGAGUAAGACCUGGAGUGAAGCUCAGUCGUACUGUAGAGAGAAGUAUACAGACCUGGCCACAGUGUAUGACAUGACAGACAUGAAGAGACUCCUCGACUCUACAGAGAAUCAAGGUGAAGCCUGGAUUGGUCUGUGCAACAACCCAGGGAAAGAAAACAGGAAGUGGCACUGGUCUCUACCUGGGGUGGAGUACAAUGAGAGUGAGGCAAAAUACCUGGAAUCCCUGAACAAUGGUGAUGAUAAGAACUGUGUGUAUAUGGACGAAUCUAAGACAUAUAUGGCUAAGGAAUGUACUAAAGAACUGAAUGAAUUUAUCUGCUACGAUGAGAGGAGGAAGUCCACUAAAACAUUCCACUUAAUUAACAAUGAGAAGACCUGGCCACAGGCUCAGAACUACUGCAGAGAACAUCACACAGACCUGAUCAGUGGAGUCCAUCAGUUAGAAGAUGAAGAAUUCAAGACUCAGGGAAAGUCUAAGAGGUUAUGGAUCGGCCUGUUCAGAGACACCUGGAGGUGGUCAGAUGAGAGCAGUUUCUCCUUCAGAUACUGGGAUCUCGAGUUGUUUAAAGAUGAACGUAACAAGAAAUGUGCUAUGACUGUGUUAGAUAGAUCAGGAAGAUGGAGCUCUGAUGAAUGUAAUAAAAGCAAAACCCUUCUUCUUACUGCAGAGAAAACCACUACUGACCUGGUCUCCAUCACUAACCCUGACCAGCAGAGAUGGGUCCAAGAGAGAGCCAGGAAGGCUUCAACUCCUUUUGUCUGGUUGGGACUGCGCUACACCUGCACUCUGGAUUUGUGGUUCUGGGUCAAUGAUCAGUUGGUCUGCUAUGAUAAGUGGGCCCCAGGGCAAAACACCGAGAGUUGUUACACAUCUGCAGCCAUGGAGAAAGAAGCACCACAUCAGUGGUUCCAUAAGGCUGAUACUAAUACAUUUAAUUUCAUCUGUGCUGUCAGAAAAAUGUAAAAGUCACCCUAACACAGUGACAGAUGUUUUACUUCUGGUGUACUUUUCUUAACUGCAACAAGCUCACACUGUGUACAGUCUGUUCUCUGGGUUUAUUGAACAGCAAUAUGAUGUAUGAGUUACUAACAGAGUUCAGAUUAGACACUGAGACAAAGUAGCUACACUAAAGUAAACAUGUUUUCUGUCUGCUUGUCCUGAACCAGGAACAGGACACUUCUCAUUAUAGCUAGUGUCAGAUAACAGUGGUAAUUUUGAAAAUCUGUUUUUAUCUGUUCUUAUAUUUUACUUAUCUUUUGGGAAUUUGUUUUGUUUAGUUUUGUCUUGUGAAUCAUUUGCUUGCCUGUACAAAAAUUUGAUACUUUAAUUGUAUUGAUAUUUAGCUAUAUACAGUAUCUAAUUCACUGAAGCUAUUACCAUGAUUAAUCCAAAUAAAAUAAAAAAUAAAAAUCA